AUGAAGCUGGAGAAGAAGGAGCUGAAGGAAAAGCGGAAGCUUGAGCAGAAGGAGAAGAGGAAUAAAAAACAGAAGGAUCAGUAUAAGAAGGAUCAUAAGUUACAGGUGAAUGACCUGGUUAAUAAGGAUCUAGAUAUAGCUCAUAACAAAAAGAUGGAUAAUCUAGGGGUCAAAAAGAUAGCCAAUAAGAAGAAGUUCAAUAAUAAUGGAACUUCUUUAUUAAAGGGAUUUAAUAAGCUUAAGAUUAUUCAAUCAAAUAAUAAGAGCUUUCAGCAGAGGAAGAAGUUUUAUGAGGACUUGUCUAUUGAUAAAAUGAAAGAAAAUAUGAGAAAAUAUGAGCCUGAUAAGGACAUGACAAAGGAUAAUACAAAUUUCUACUAUACAACUGGAGUUACAAGUCAAUCACUUUCUGGAGUCAGAUACGUUUAUGGCAACCUCCUUGCUCUAGUGAAAUUAGGUUGUUUUACUACAGUAUGGUACAACUAUACGGAGUGUGCACCAGAUUUCUUAUCCAGUGGUAUGUUCCCAGAUCAUUUUGUAGAUUUUUUCAAAGAUGUAUCUGAAGUCCCUGGUUCAGAAGACUUAUUACUCUUGGAUACUAAGGAUGAUACAACACAAUCUAUCGUAGAAUCGGGUAAACUUUUGAAGGAUACUAUGCAGAUAGUGGCGGAGGAAUUGGCUGAAGGAUUGCCUGAUGAAGAUAUACCCAUUGAAGGUAGUAAUUGGAUAAGUGUUGGAGUUCCGGCAAACCUUCAAGAAGAUAUUCUUUCUUUCAGAACUUGUAUACGUCGGAGGUCACUGCUAAUAUGUCAGCGAUACACUGGAAUAGGUCCAGAUUUAGGCUUUGGUAGCAUUGAAUCUGUUCCUACUACUCAACUUAUCAGGAAUCUUUUUCCUAAGGAGGGGGUAUAUAAAACUAUUGAGUUGGUAAAGGGACUUUAUCUAUUGGAUAAAAUAGAAGGUCAUCAUAUCAUUAAGUUCCGUGAGGCUCUCAGAACUAAGACUAUUUAUCGGAUGUUUUCAACAGGUAAAAACACACCGUUAUCGUUCUCAUGUAAUGAUGGAAAUAAGCUAAUGCUUUUAUCAGCAAUUGACUCUAUCUAUAACGAUGAAUGGAGGAAAAGAGGGGUGCUUCCUUUCAGGAAGGAGCGUUUGCAAACGGAAUUGUUUGUAACAGACAACUUCCCUUUAAGUCCAAUUGAUUAUUUUCAAUAUAGGAAAUCGGAAAUUCCUUCUUUCCUCUAUGAUAUGCUGCGCACGCAAGCAUCACUGGGGUAUUUAUGGCUGAAAGAAUGGGUUCAGGAUGGAGAUGGAAUGAUCGGGGUGUAUCAGUGUCGAGAACCAACUGACUUAUUCCUCAUGACAGCGUUAUCAAGGGUAUUAAUAAGAAUUUGGGGUUCACAAAAUAUUGCACCUAUUACCACUAACGUUGAAACAUUGAAUGAUGUCAAGUGCAUCCACUACGGUUUCUUGAAUAGACAGCAAAAUGUCGAUAAACUAGUCUUGAUAGACUUGUCACCUUGUAUGAAUCAAGCAAGGAACUCUCGUUUAUUGAAAAGUUUUCAUACUGAAACGAGCAAAGGGGUCGUUUUUAAUUUACUUAAACAGAUUCUCUUUCUACCAAUCUAUGACUUGAAUGCUAAGAAGAUGAUACCCAUCAAUCUAAUACCACCAAUAGGUGAAAUAACAAAUGUGAUUUUACAUAUUUUCUAUCAAGGAAAGUUCGAUCUAGUGAUAGAGGAGAAGUAUCCUGGAAUAACAUAUACCCGAUGGGGUCAUGAAGUGAUUAUAGCACUCAAGAAGAAUGAUUCAUUUACAUUCGAUGAUGAUACAGUUAUUUCUCUAUUAGAUGAAAUCAAUCUAGAUGGGGAAUUUGAGUUCUUAUCUAAAGAGGACUAUGACUGCAUGCCGGCGUGUAACGGAGAAAAGGCUAUAUUACUAGACGAGGAUGGGUGUGUUUCGUUUACACCCGGCGUACCUCCCGUGGAAGAUUAUCCAACAUCCUGUGAUGUCUUUCUCAAUGAAGGAUCAAACGUAGCUGGUUAUAGUAAGAUAAUAUUCCAGGAAACGAAGGAUAUUUCACAAACAGUGGUGACUGCCUUUAAAGAGGAUCCUUUUGAUAAAAUGGGUGUCAAGGUGUUGAUUGACAACAAUAUUCCACUCAGUCAAUUUCGGGUUGCAGUGGGUUUAGCUAUAAUGAUUGGUUUCAGUUUAUCGAUUGGUGUGCUACCAGAUUUGAACGAAGUAUUACAAUAUUAA